AUGACGACCACGAGCCAACAAGGCUGGCAGUCUGCGAGCGGAACGCGAAACGCAGGGAACAGCAGCGGCUACAGGAGAGGCCACGGGCAGAGCCAUGCGGAAGGCGUAGAAGAGGCCCAGGAGAGAUCGUACGAAAAAGAUGCAGGAAAACUGGCUCGGAACCAGCCAGAGCGGCAGACGCCAGGUACCCAAGUUGCCGUUCGAAACCACCCCAUAGACAACAGCAGCAUAGAAAAACGAAAUCGGGGCCCCCUCCAGCAACAGCGCAACCCCUGGAGGCGGACAGACGCUGAGAGUUCGGCUGUCCGAAAGGCUGCCGGGGAGGAAAAAGGUGGACUUGCGAGAACCGCGGCGACGCGAGGAAGAGACCAGGACACGAAAAGAAGGUAG